AUCUGAUUAUUGGAGUGCCCCGGGGGAUGGUGGCUGAUUCUUGUCCAAGGAAGUUAAAUUUAAAGGUCUGUGAGCUAAGAUCGUAGACGUAAAGGGAAAUUAGCCGUAUUAAUUCCAUGUUAUUUUAUCUGGCUGGGUUUCCAAACUUCACAGAAAUUAGGAUAUAGUCAAGUUGUAAUGGACACCAGGAAUGCAUAAUAAUGUGAUCUGUUGCAUCAUUGUCUUCGCUGUUCUUUCCUUUGUCCUGAGUUUUAUCUCGAUCAUCUUCCUGUAUAUUGGAAUGCUCCUUAAAGAACAAACGAUUGAUUGAAUUUGACACUAUUGAUCACCAUGUUGGCCCAAAUUCUGCGCGAUAUGUACGUAGAUCCUGAGCUGCUGGCUGAGCUUCCAGAAGAACAGAAGCAAAUUCUUUUUGUAAAAAUGCGAGAGGAGCAAGUGCGACGAUGGCGUUUACGAGAAGAUGAACUGGAAAAGAAAGAAGCAAUGAAUCCACCAAAACCACGUCCACAGAAAGCAAAUGCAAAAUGUGUAGAAUUUUUGAUUGCUGUUGAUGGAAAUCCAUGGGUUUGGGUACUAGGAGAAGAUGAUGAUGACAAACAGGAUUUUGAGGCAGUUUUAAAGAAGAAGGAAUUAGAAGCUCUGGCUGAAGAUGAAAAGAAGGCAAAAGAACUUGCACAUAAAGAAAUGGAAGAGAUAAAAAGAAAGGAAUUUGAGAGGCAGGAGGAAGAAAGGAAACUGAAGGAAGAAGAGGCGAGGUUGGCCAGGGAAGCGGCUGCAAGAGAAGCUGAAAAGAAAAGACUUGAAGAGGAAGCAAGACUAGCUGCUAAAAAAGCGGAAGAACUGAGGAAGGAGGAGGAAAGGAAACGUCAAGAAGAGGAGAGAAAGAAAAGAGAAGAGGAAGAACGCAGGAGAGCAGAGGAAAGAAGGAAAAAGGAGGAGGAGGAAAAGAGACAAGCCGAGGCAAGAGAGAAAUGGAAGGCAGUUGAAGAAAAACGAAAAGCCGAAGAAGAGAAGAGAAGAAUUGAAUUGGAGAAAAGAAAGCAAGAGGAAGAACUCGCUCGAAAGAAAGCAGAAGAGGCUGAAAGAAGAGCUGAAGAAGAGAGAAAAGUAAGGGAAAGAGCUUUGGAGGAGGCAAGAAGAAAGAAGCAAGAGCAGGAAGCGCUUGAAAAAGCUCGAAAACUGGAAGAAGAGAAACGAAGGGUAGAAGAACAACAAAAGGAAGCAGAGAAAAAACAAAGAGAGGUGAUAGAGCGCUUACAACAAAGAAAGGCAGAGAAAGAACGCCGAGAUAAGGAACUGUUGGAAAAUGAAUCUAAACGAGCACAAGAGAUAUAUGCGAGCUUGAGAAAGGCACGAGAGGCGCUAAAAAAGAAAGAGGACGAUCAAAUGCAAAAAGAGGAGGCAGCAUGGAAGGAACAACAAAAGAAAGCUGACGAUGAAGAAAACCGAAGGAGAAGCUCUGUUAGUGUAGCGCGGAGGGAAGUCUUAAGAGAGCGAGAGGAGGCGAAGAGGAGAAGCAUGAUUGAGCCGACACGAAGGAAAUCAGUUAGUGCAAAACCACAGAGACCACCGCCACCCGUACCUUCAAGACCCAGUGAUGUCAAACCUGCGGCUCCCCCCAGACCUCCUCCGCCAAGCAAUACUACUCCUCUCAGGCCAAGAAGGAGUGUCAAACCAAAAAGUAAAAAGAACGUUAUCGAGUGGUUUCGGCAAGAAGAGCUAGCAAAGAGAAUUUGUUACGACGGCGAUCAGAUACUACCUUAUUUUCACGGAAUAAUCUCCCGACAGGAUGCUGAAAAUUUGCUCGUCAAUAAACCACCGGGGUCGUUUUUGGUUCGCGUGAGCGAGAGAGUUUGGGGUUAUACUAUAACUUACCGUGCACCGGAGCGCUGCAAGCAUUAUCUGGUCGACACCAGUGAAAACACUUACCAGUUUUUUGGCCACAAUCAGAUCGCUCAUGAGACUCUCAAAGAUUUAGUGGAAUUUCAUAAACAGAGACCAAUCACUGGAGUGGGACAAGAACUUUUGAAAAUCCCUUGUGGUCAGGACUGCAAUCCCCCGGAUUAUCAAGAGCUUCUUCCUCCUACACAGAAGUCUGAUUCUUUCUCCACAAAAUUUUAAUAGUCAACCAAUCAAGAGAGGUAUGGGGAGAGCAUCCAUGGUGCAUGUAGAAGGGACAACAGGUUGUUUAAAAGCCAACCAAACAUGGUUAUGUUGCCGACAGUGUGUCAGCGGUGAACACCUUACACUUCUCCCUACAUUUAGCUAUUGUUAGUUAUUUGCAUUAAAUCACGAUAAAUUUUCACGGGGUGGUUCAAAAUUUAUUUUCCUUGCUUAGCUUACCUUCCUUAGCCAUGCACUAAUUGUGUUUCAGUGGUCACUAUGAAAUUUAAAUUCCCCUGAGCUUUUUUCCACUCAGAAAGAGGUACGGAAAUUGGGGCCUCCUUCCUUGAAAAUUUUUGAAACGGAUGGGUGUUUGCGUUCAGUGGUUUGUUGUAUCCUUAAUUUCUUCAUUAGCAGAAAGACCUUAGUUGUAAGUGAUUAUUGUUUAGUUGAGAGUCAUUUUAUGAUUCCUCUCUUUUGCUUUCUAUUUAAUAUCAACCGAAGUAAAUUGUAAAAAAAAAACAAGCAAACAAUAUCAUUAAGCCCCAUUUG